UUUCCAACAUUCUCUAAGUCUCUAAUCGCAAAAGCCACCAGCUUCCCCUGGGGCUAGCUGCCACAUCCGCCACCGCAGUUUCUCUUUUAACCGCCGCCACGCCGUCUGCAGCAGCCGCCAAUUCUAUGGAUUCCCCUCUCAAAACCAAGGUCUGCAUCAUCGGUAGCGGCCCAGCAGGCCACACUGCUGCCAUCUAUGCCGCCAGGGCCGAACUCAAGCCGAUCCUCUUUGAAGGCUGGAUGGCUAACGACAUCGCCCCCGGCGGCCAGCUUACUACCACCACUGACGUCGAGAACUUUCCUGGAUUCCCGGAUGGCAUCCAAGGCGGGGAACUCAUGGAAAAUUGCCGCAACCAGUCCCUCCGUUUCGGAACCAAAAUCUUCACUGAAACCGUCAACAAGGUUGACUUCUCGUCGUCUCCCUUCAAACUUUUCACUGAUUCCAGGACCGUCCUUGCCGAUUCUGUUAUAGUUGCCACCGGUGCUGUCGCCAAGAGGCUUGAUUUCGCUGGCUCCGGGAACCCCCCAGAGGGUUUCUGGAACAAGGGGAUCUCCGCAUGCGCAGUCUGCGAUGGGGCUGCCCCAAUCUUCCGGGACAAGCCCCUGGCCGUCAUUGGCGGUGGAGACUCCGCCAUGGAGGAAUCCAAUUUUCUCACUAAGUACGGCUCGAAGGUAUAUAUCAUCCACCGUAGGGAUACCUUUAGGGCGUCCAAGAUUAUGCAGGCCAGAGCUCUCUCCAACCCUAAGAUAAAGGUUAUAUGGAAUUCGGCGGUCUUGGAAGCGUACGGUGGUGGGGACAAGGGGAACCUCAAAGGGCUGAAGAUUAAGAACUUGGCGACGAACGAGAUUUCUGAUCUGGAAGUUUCGGGCUUAUUCUUUGCCAUUGGCCAUGAACCGGCCACCAAGUUCUUGGAUGGGCAGCUGCAGCUUGAUUCUGAUGGGUACAUUGUCACCAAGCCAGGUACCACUCAGACCAGUGUUCGUGGUGUAUUUGCCGCUGGUGAUGUUCAGGAUAAGAAGUACAGGCAGGCUGUAACUGCAGCUGGGAGUGGGUGCAUGGCGGCACUAGAUGCUGAACACUACUUGCAGGAGAUUGGAGCCCAGCAGGAUAAAAGUGAUUAAUUGGUUCAGAGGUUGAUGCUUGGGCUUUAGGAAACUAUUUAAUCAAUGUAUGCGACUAUUUAUGGGUCCAAGGAUCAUGUUGGCAGAUAGAAUAUCAAACUAUUGCUAUCUCUGCUAAGAGUAUUAUUUAUCAUUUGGAAUUUCAGACAUUAAGUGUAGGAAGUCCUUUAAUCUAGUUGAAUCUGGCUUUGGCACAUUUCAUCCAGAACUAAAACUUUGUUUGGUACUUGGUGUUUGCGGAUUUAUCAAGCAGGAGGAGGAGCAUGUUUUAACUUGCUUCUGUGGUGGUUACAAGUUAUAUGUUCAAAAAUGAAUUCACUAGUCCCGC